CCUCCGUGUGCGCAUGCGCGGGCGGGCCGCGUGGCCUUGCGCGAGUGUGUGUGGCGGCCUCGCGCGCGGCAGGACAUGGCGAAGAGCCUGAGGAGCAAAUGGAGGAGGAAGAUGCGGGCGGAGAAGAGGAAGAAGAACGCGCCCAAGGAGCUGGAGAGGCUGAAGAAGAUCCUGGGAACCAAAGCGGAUGUCAUCAUGGAGGAGGUCAAGGAGGUGGCGACCGUGGUGCCCCCCGAGAAGGUCCUGGAGGCGAAAGAUGACUGCAAAAUGGAGCUGGACAAUAAACGAAACAAAAAAACUCUUCUAGACCAGCAUGGACAGUACCCAAUAUGGAUGAAUUCCAGGCAAAGAAAGAAGCUUAAGGCCCAGCGUGUUAAAGGGAAAAAAAAAUCAAAAUUGGCCAAAGGCCUCGUCUGGUAAAAUCAGUUUUGUAAAGAUCAUGAAUAUUUUAUUUAACAAAAUAAAUUUUCCACAUAAAUUCAUGAGAUUUUGUGCUUGGUCACUGUGUAUAAUUUAUUGUGUUGAAUGAAUUUUUGAAGAGACUAUUUGCCCAGCAAAUGAUGAAAGAAAUUACAGCUUGGUGUCUGCCAAACUUAAAAAGCAAGCUGAGUGCCUUUGAAUAGACUAAUUGUGUGUGGUUAUCUGUUUUCUUGGGGGUGAAGGUCUUCCAUCUUUUAUACUGUGAGCACCAAAAGCAGUAAAGGAAAUCCUAAAAGUAAUUAAACCAAAUGUUCUUGUACUGUGGUCUUUGUCAGUGUAACUUGUCUUUUAGUAAAUAUAACCAAAGAAUUCUGUAAA